AUGUCUUCCGGUGCAAACUCCGGCUCAUCAACACCAAAACUUCCAGUCAUUACAUCUCCACUUGCGCGCGCUCCAAAAUUCUCACCGCCGUCAUCGAGAAACGUAUCUCCUCGUCGACAACCUCUUCAUGACCGGUCAAACUCACAAACCAAUCAGUAUUCUGGCCCAACUAUCCGCAUUGUAGAGGAUCCCGGCACCGACGUCUAUUCAAAGACACCAUUUCCCAGUCAGCCUUCUCAAAUAUUACCACCUCGUAAUGCACCAGGGUACACGUUCGAGGGCAGGGGGUCUCGUGUUUCAGAUUCGAGUUUUGUCACCAAUGCGGUCGCGAAUAUCGAGGCCAGUCAUACCCUGGUCCCCAGACCCCUACAUCCCAAGAGAGCAAUUAGACACUCAGCAUCGACUAGCACCUCAGAGGCAGAUACAAUUGUGGCCUCGUCAUUCUCGCCAUCAUCCAGUCGGUUUUCGCAGGGGACCACACCCCCGUCAUCGCCGACACCCGACCGCAGCGAGAAAGAGAAGGGCUUGGAAAUACUUGAAGAGAUUGUCUCCCAACCAAAACGGUCAACCAUUAGGGCUGUCAUUCCCUCGUCUUCGUCUGGUGGCAACCCGCUUGAAGGGCACGCAUUGACACCUCGGGCAUCUGCCGCGUCGCUUGCGUCGACAGCCUCGACUGACACCCUCACACACAUUGAGCAAGAGCUCGGGCACAAGGCAGGCUCACCCAGCGUCAGUCGAUCCGUGCCAAAAUCUCACAAACAUACCCCGUCAUCUGGAUCCAACAAGAAGAAGCAGGCUUCAUCUAAUAAUACGGCACCAGGAAGACCACCACCCGUGAACGAAUCGACAGAAUCGCUUGCUUAUUCUGUGUAUUCGUACGCCUCCAGUGACCGCCCGCGAUCAUCAUCACAUCCAUCUCCCACUAUUCAUGCCGCGCGUCAGGUUUCAAUCGCCAGCGGAGCCCAAAUACACUAUCCUGUAAUUCGAGCCCCUUCAGCAAGUAGCUUAUGGGCCGAAUCGCAAGAACUCCCAAAUAUCUCGUCCCGAAUGAACCCUCGCGGCUCGCAGGUGCAUCAGUGGAGCUCUCAGCUUUCGACGAUACACUCGGAAUCCGAUCGAGGCUCGCGGUCGAUUGAGCGGACAUCACAAUCCAUUGAUGAACGGUCACAAGCACAUAGCGACAAUGCCGGGAAUGCGCGAGGCUAUCUGCCGCGGAGGCGACAGACCAUUGGGAGCGUCGCUUCUUCGGACAAUGUAUCCUCGGAGAUGACAGAGGCCUCGGUGGUGGUGCCACUACCGCUAUUUUCCCCCAUAACUCGACCAUCGGACGAGCGAGACUCGGAUGAGCACCAUGAUACUAUAUCGCCGCUACAAUCUCCCCCGCUGAGGAAACAGAGAUCCGGAUAUCUCAGGAGAUGGGACAGCGAUUCACGGUCGAGCUCUUCCCGACCAGGGUCCUCGCAGUCUGACCUCGCGACCUUCAUCCAUAAUACCAUUCCGGCUUGGGCAAGAGUGUAUUACCGUCGAGGUGAACGCACCUCGCUCGGUGCUCCCGAUUCUUCAACGUCCGAAAGUGCAGAAAGCGAUCGAGUACCAACAGCGCAAAGCGGUCGCACCAACACGCCAUCAGAGAGCCACUUUCCGCUGAGCAUUUAUCGGCCUCGAAACCGACCGCAUAACCGGAUGUCACAACCCGAAUCAGUCUUAACAUCUGAAGGACCUGUGGAGCACGAAGUGUAUGUCAUCGGACCUCCAAGGCGUGGGCGCGGUCUCUCCGAACCCUUCACUCCGCGUCUACGGCAAGACAGGCGAUCUCAAGCCCGAUUAAGUGCAUGGACAGCCCCGUCUUUCGAUUCGAAUGUCGGGACGUUGUUUUUCAGUCGUCAGAAUCGGCAAAUCUUGUUGUUUUGUUUAGGCUUUAUUUUCCCGUUCGCAUGGAUCAUUGCGUCGGUUCUCCCUCUUCCGCCGGAUCCUGGACAAGUGACACCAACACCGAGCCAAAUGGAUCUGGAGCAACAGUUCGACCGAGAACUUGGACCGCCGGUUGAUGAUCGGUCAUAUCAGAAGGCCAUGUGGUGGCGUAACCUUAAUCGAAUAAUGUCUGGGGUUGGGACACUCCUUAUUGGAGUGAUUAUUGCUCUUGCGAUUGUUGCGUCGAGGAUGUAG